AUGCCGGACAGCAGAGCAGCCCCGCAGGAGAGCCUGCUGGAUGCGAGCCUGGGGACCACCCAAGAAAACUUGGGAACCAGGUUAUUAAACAGACUACCGCCAGGUGGACCUGAGUGUGUUCGCAAACUCAGUUUGAACCUGCGGUACCAGCAAGAAGUAAGACCGCAUAUGAAAAGCAGAUCCCUGACUGAUGGGCAGACGCUCUCCAAAGAGCCCCCAAGCCAUGCUCUUAAACUCUCGACCCCAGAGAAGGUGAAAGAUGCCCAGUUGAAUCCUCCAGAGGAGGCGCUAUGGACGACUCGGGCCGACGGGCGCGUCCGCCUACGCAUAGACCCCAUCUGCUCGCAGACUCCCCGCACUGUUCAUCAGAUGUUCUCCACGACUCUGGACAAGUAUGGGGACCUCAGUGCUAUGGGCUUCAAGCAGCAGGGCACGUGGGAACACAUCUCCUACACCCAGUACUACCUGCUGGCCCGCAAAGCCGCCAAGGGCUUCCUGAAGCUCGGCCUGGAGCGGGCCCACAGCGUGGCCAUCCUCGCCUUCAACUCCCCGGAGUGGUUCUUCUCAGCAGUGGGCGCAGUAUUCGCAGGUGGCAUCAUCACCGGCAUCUACACGACCAGCUCCCCUGAGGCCUGCCAGUAUAUCGCCUAUGACUGCCGCGCCAACAUCAUCAUGGUCGACACACAGAAGCAGCUGGAAAAGAUCUUGAAGAUCUGGAAAAACCUCCCACAUCUGAAGGCAGUAGUGAUAUAUGGAGAACCUCCUCCAACACAGAUGCCCAGCGUGUACACGAUGGAAGAGUUCAUGGAGCUGGGGAAUGAGGUGCCUGAGGAGGCCCUGGACACCAUCAUCAACGCCCAGAAGCCUAACCAGUGCUGCACGCUGGUCUACACGUCAGGCACUACUGGGAAGCCCAAGGGUGUGAUGCUGAGUCAGGACAAUAUCACGUGGACGGCACGGUAUGGCAGCCAGGCUGGUGACAUCCAACCUGCGGAAAUCCAACAGGAGGUGGUGGUCAGCUACCUGCCUCUCAGCCACAUUGCCGCCCAGAUCUAUGACCUGUGGACAGGCAUCCAGUGGGGGGCCCAGGUCUGCUUUGCCGAGCCCGAUGCUCUGAAGGGGAGUCUGGUGAACACGCUGCGGGAGGUGGAGCCCACGUCCCACAUGGGGGUGCCUCGGGUGUGGGAGAAGAUCAUGGAGCAGAUCCAGGAGGUGGCGGCUCAGUCUGGCUUCAUCCGGCGCAAGAUGCUGCUCUGGGCCAUGUCGGUGACCUUGGAGCAGAACCUCACUUGCCCGAGCAGCGAUCUGAAGCCCUUCACAACCCGACUGGCAGAUUACCUGGUGCUAGCCAAGGUCCGCCAGGCGCUAGGCUUUGCCAAGUGUCAGAAGAACUUCUACGGGGCAGCCCCCAUGACUGCGGAGACACAGCACUUCUUCCUGGGCCUCAACAUCCGUUUAUAUGCGGGCUAUGGCCUCAGUGAGACCUCAGGCCCCCACUUCAUGUCCAGCCCCUACAACUACCGGCUCUACAGCUCUGGCAAGGUGGUGCCAGGCUGCCGGGUGAAGCUGGUGAAUGAAGACGCAGAGGGCAUCGGGGAGAUCUGCCUGUGGGGCCGCACCAUCUUCAUGGGCUACCUGAACAUGGAGGACAAAACGUGUGAGGCCAUUGAUCCUGAGGGCUGGCUGCACACGGGGGACACGGGCCGCCUGGAUGCCGACGGCUUCCUCUACAUCACGGGGCGUCUCAAAGAGUUAAUCAUCACGGCUGGUGGGGAGAACGUGCCCCCUGUGCCCAUUGAGGAGGCCGUGAAGACAGAGCUGCCAAUCAUCAGCAACGCCAUGCUGAUUGGAGACCAGAGGAAGUUCCUGUCCAUGCUGCUCACCUUGAAGUGCACUCUGGACCCUGACACCUUUGAGCCCACGGAUAAUCUGACAGAACAAGCCGUGGAGUUCUGCCAGAGGGUGGGCAGCAAAGCCACCAUGGUAUCUGAGGUUGUGGGGAAGAAGGAUGAGGCUGUGUAUCAGGCCAUCGAAGAAGGGAUCCAGAGAGUCAACAUGAAUGCAGCUGCACGACCCUACCACAUCCAGAAGUGGGCCAUUCUUGAGAGGGACUUCUCCAUUUCAGGUGGAGAGCUGGGUCCCACAAUGAAACUGAAACGCCUCGUAGUCCUGGAGAAGUACAAAGAUGUCAUCGAUUCCUUUUACCAAGAGCAAAACAAGUAA